UAAUAAAUUUAAUUCGUAAGAAGUAAUCAUCAUUUUAGAUUUGUCUAGAAAAGAUAGCUACCAUGAAUUUGCUGAGUUCACCAUGAUUAUGAUGACUCUACGUUGGGGCAUCGUAUCCGCUGGAAAAAUCACCAAUGACUUCGCGAAUGCUUUCAACACGUUCCCAGAUGUGGGAGACCAGGUCUUAGCCGCGAUUGCCGCUCGAGACAGGAGUAGAGCUAAAGAGUUUGCCACACUGCACAAGAUUCCUAAAGUAUUUGACAGCUACGAGGAUAUGGCUAAGAGCAAUGACAUUGAUAUCGCAUACAUCGGUGCAUUGAACCCUGACCAUUAUAAUCAGCUUUUCCUUGAGAAUGGCAAGCACGUGCUAUGUGAGAAGCCACUUUGCUUAAACUUGAAGCAAGUGCAGAGUUUGGUCAACAUCGCCAAACAAAAGAAGCGCUUUUUAAUGGAAGCAGUUUGGUCCCGAUUCUCGCCGAUUUACUUGGCGUUGGAGAAAGCGGUGCAAACUGGGGAAUUGGGAGAGGUGAAACACGUGGACGUCACUUUUGGAACCCCAAUUGCGAUGAUAGAAAAAAAUAGAAAGAAGGAACUUGGUGGAAGUUCGAUACUAACUAUUGGAAUAUACGCGCUCCAAUUCGCACAAUUCAUAUUCAAAGAUGAGCCUGUCAAAGUAACGGCUGUUGGGAACCUCAACGAGUUGGGUGUAGAUGUUACCAGGCCUGUUCAUCUCCGCGAGUUUACAUUGAAAACAAAACACGCACGAUGGCCCACCUACAGGAUACUAUUCGACAAGGCCUUACAUACGAGCGAACAUUGACUCACGCACGCGUAUUCUUGUGUAUGAUGGAAGAAAGUAAAGAAAAUGGUGUACUAAAUACUGUGCAGUAUUUAACUGCCUAAAUAAUAAUAAAAACACAGAAUGUACUUUUUUAAGUUGCCUCAAGACACUGAGAGGUGAUUAGGUUGUUAAUAUUAUACAUGAUAAUUCAUGCUAAAUCAUGUAUUUCCUCCGCCAUUUUCCGCAGUUUGGCACCUCACGUCACAUCAUUUUACCGAAGUCAGCCCUAUAGCUUCGGCGCAGUGCCGAUCACUGACGUUUGUCAACAAAAUGGUGCUUGACUCUUGAGACAGGCUAAAUUACACCAUAUUGUAAAUGACAUUGAGCAUACAUUUUUUUAAAUACCUUUGCGAAACUUAAAACUUCUGUACGUAGUACUUAUUAUUAUUCUGUGAUGUUACUGAGACAGUAGUUGUGGAGUACGAAGGUGGUAGACGCGCUGUCCUCAACGUGGAUUCGACAAUUAAGUUGUGGAAUAAAGCAACUGUCGUAGGGACUAAAGGCAGGAUAACGCUUGAAGACCCUUUCCAUUUUCCGGAAGUUAUGGUCCGCGUGGAUGGAACAGUUGAAAAAAUACCCAUGCAUACGUCCAACAUCCCA